AUGGCUGAAGAGGAGAUUACCAAGCGAUGGGAACGUCUGAACCUGUCAAAUGAAGAAACGACUAUUAUUAAAAUACAAGCGGAAGACUCACGCACCAAAGCUAUUCGAGAAAAUGCCUGUGUGGUUGGCCGAAUCCUCUCAGAAAAAGGGGUAAACAAUGAAGCAUUUAGAAAUACAAUAGCCCAGGUCUGGAGGUUGGAAGGAUGGGUGCGCUUUAAAGAUUUAAAUGAUCAAUGCUUCCUAAUAGAAUUCCAAAAAGUGCAAGACAAAGAAAAGGUGUUGAGCGGGAGACCAUGGUGUUUCGACCGAAACCUCUUGACCCUCCAAGAAGUUGAUGCCAAAACUUCAAUCAAUGCUACCCAGUUUCGGUUUGAACCUUUUUGGGUGCAAUGCCAUAACUUGCCACUAGCUGCCAUGAAUGAAGAUAUAGGAGAAAAGCUGGGCAACUGUAUUGGACAUGUAAUAAGGGUUGACACAGAUUCGGAUGGCUCAGCUUGGGGCAGAUGCCUUUGA